AUGUCACACCCAAAACAAUCCAUUCAUGUUGGGCUCUGCGGGGCUGGAAUUGGCGGUCUUGCAGCAGCUAUUGCCCUAUGUCGAGCAGGAGCAACCGUGACUGUGUUGGAAGCUGCUGCUGAGCUUGGAGAAAUAGGAGCUGGCAUCCAGAUGACGCCAAAUGCUUCUCGUCUUCUCAUGAAAUGGGGCGUUGCAGACCUAAUUGGAGAUAAUCUCGUCGAGUUUGAAGAGUUGAAUAUGAGGAAGCGAGAUGGGACGAAAGUUGGAUAUACAAGGAUGAUGCCGAAUAUAAAGAAGGACUUGGGCUACCCAUGGUGGGUAGUCCACCGCGCCCAUCUGCACGCAGGCCUUGUGGAGGUUGCGGAGAGACAUGGUGCCAAAAUCUUGAUCAACUCUCGCGUAACCUCGAUCUCCUACAAAUCCUCCCAACUUGUCACCGUGACGACCUCCACAGAUUCAACCUAUACCUUUGAUCUCUUGAUUGGAUCUGACGGGGUGAAUUCUGUCGUGCGUCGCACAUUGUUCCCUGACAUCAGACCCACACCACCUACGUCCAACUGUGCCUAUCGAGCUAUAGUUCCAUAUGCCCAAAUCCGAGAGGAUCUAAUUGCCAGGGAAUUGAUUGAAAAAUUGACGAUGGAAGUUUGGAUGAGCGAUCGAUCAUACAUCAUCACUUAUCCAAUUUCUGCGGGCCAAGACUUCAACCUGGUUCUCUCUCACCACGUCCCCAACGACAGAUUAGUCGAAUCAGUUGAGGAUGUUGACAUCAAAGAGGUGAGGGAUGAAUAUGCAGAUUAUGAUCCGAGGAUCAAGCGGAUUGUCGACAUGAUUCCAUCAGCUCAGCGUUGGCCAUUGCUCGUCACUGGACCACUGAAAAGUUGGACCUCGAACGAAAAGAACAUAGUAUUGAUGGGUGAUGCCGCACAUUCAAUGACUAAUCAUAUGGCACAAGGAGCUGCUACUUCCAUGGAAGAUGGAGCAUUUUUGGGUCGGUGUAUCCGCUCCGUCAUCGCUGGCCAGAUCACACUGUCUCAAGCUCUUGAGAUUUACGAGAAGGAAAGAAUGCCGAAAACUCACUUCAAGCAACAAGUCUCUUUUCUCAACGGUGCCAUCUGGCAACUUCCUGACGGUUCGGCUCAAGGUGCCAGAGAUGCUGCCAUGCAAGCGGAGCUAGAAGGGAGACCAUUCUCGAGAAGCAGUAACCUUUACGGCGAUCCACAGACGGUAUUGCGCGUCUAUGGUUAUGAUGCUGAAGCGCACGCCGAUGGAGCUGUACAUGAAUAUUUGAAAGGGAGGAAAAGAGGUGAUUGGAGAAAAGGCAUGGGUAUUGAGAAGGAGGUACUGGAUGGGAUCGUGAGAUGGUGGCUGCCAGAAGAAGAAGGGAGGGAAGAAGCGAACGAAUAUGGAGUGCAAAUCGAGAGCAAGCUUUGAUACAAGGGAUGUAUGAAAUACUAGUAGGAUAAACAACUCUUGCAUGUCCGGUUCAAUAUGGAUUUAGCUGCAGAG